CCACUCCUCCUCCAGCCCAAGCGCGGCGGUAGUCUUCCUAACUGUUCAGCCCAACCUCGUCGCUCCGAUCCGCCGCCGCCGCCGCCGCCGCAUCAACACCGAAAAUCAAGAACCGUCGCUUCGAUCAACCCCCUCCCCCCAAACCCGCUCAUUCAUUUCUUGAAUCCUUGGACGCGAAGCUUUCGAUUCGUCUCCCUCUUCUCACCAGCGGCAUUAAUUACCAGUACCCCAUCCCAUGUCGGCGCUCGAGCUCAGCGGGUCCCUGAUCCCCUCCGUAUAAGUAGACCGUCGCGGCUCCGUCGCUUGCCCUUACGCUAUGCGCCGCCUAGUCCAUACCAAUCCACGCCGUUCGCGGGCGGCGGAGGCGGUUUCCCGCCAAAUUAGAGCUCUCCUCUUCUGCUCAAUGGGGAAGAUGAGGAUGGGUCUCGGCGAUGGCGGUGAGCGGUCUUGGCGGAGGAAGGACCCGAGUUCACGCGGCGGUUCUGGGGUUCAUCCUGACCCUGUUGGGGAUGAUGAAGGUUCUUGUGGACUUUCUUCUGCAUCUGCGGGCAGUAAUACGCGUAAUGGGGAGCGGGAUCCACGGAUAAUGAUGAUCGGCGAUGUUCCCGUUGAUCUUGAGGUGACCCCGAAUUAUCCGUUAUUCUUCUCUUCUUCAUUCAACUGCAAUGAGAGUCCCGGGAAAAAAAGAGUUGCACGAGAGAGGGACAGUGUCACAGAAAGUGAGAAAUCAACAAACCAUUGUGAGGUAAAGGCUGCAAUAGAAGUUGUACAUGAGAAAGAAUCGGCUUCAUAUGACACCGGUACUCAUAGGAGAAGUGAUGGUGUAGUCAGCUUCAUCAAGAGGAGAACACGAGUAGACCUAAGGAAUCAAGGGAUGACUAGGUCAGAUAGUUCAAUUCGAGUUGAGAAGUUGCAUGCUUCUACUGGUUUGAAGGAUACUAGGAGCUCGAGUGCUUCCAUUUUUGUGAAUAAGAGAAAACCGUUCGAUAUUUAUCGUCCUCGAAGAAGACGGUUGGACUUUGCAGAAACUUCUGACCACAUAGAGGAUUGUGAACACACUCGUGAAGCAGUACAAUUGGUGGAACCGGACAGCCGAGUGUUGAGGCCUGGAAUGGUUCUGCUUAAGAACUACAUCACCCUCAGAGAACAGAUUGAAAUUAUAAGUAAGUGUAGAGAGAUUGGUAUUGGUCCAGGGGGUUUUUACCAACCAAGUUACCAGGAUGGAGCGAAGCUCCGGUUGCAGAUGAUGUGUCUUGGUCUUGACUGGGAUCCGAACACAAGAAAGUAUGAGCGACAGAGACGAGUUGACGGUUGCAACACACCCGAUAUUCCUAAUGAGUUUAUUCUAGCAGUCAAAAGGGCAAUCGGAGAUGCACAAGACCUUGUUAAGAAGGGUGACAGAAGAAGUAAUUUCAGAAACGGCCUCCCAACUAUGUCUCCAAACAUAUGCAUCGUCAAUUUCUAUACUACCACUGGGCGACUUGGUCUUCACCAGGAUCGCGAUGAAAGCCGGGAGAGUCUGCGGAAAGGAUUACCCGUGGUCUCGUUUUCCAUUGGCGAUUCAGCCGAGUUCUUGUUUGGAGACUACAGGGACGUGGACGGAGCAGAGAGAGUUAUGCUGGAAUCAGGUGAUGUAGUGAUAUUCGGAGGCGAGUCGAGGAUGGUGUUUCAUGGCAUAUCGUCCAUCGUCCCUAACUCCGCUCCCAAGGCAUUGCUCGAUGAGUCCGGGCUCCGCCCCGGACGCCUUAAUCUUACCUUUCGACAGUUCUGAAUUUUUCGUGGACGUGUUUGCUGUCUGGUUAAAUGUAUUAAAGUGCAAGUGCCGAUGUAUAUGUCGUGAUUUGCCAUGCUUUUUAUCCUUCUGAUGUUUCUUUUCUCUGG